AUGGAAGGAGCCAACUGGACAUCUGGGAGAGACUUUGUUCUACUAGGGUUUUCAGAAUACUCAAAAAUUGAAGUGCUCAUUUUUCUCUUAUGUCUGGUAAUGUACAUGGUAAUUCUACUGGGGAACAGUAUUAUAUUUAUUUUGACCAUUCUGGAUGGUCACCUUCACACACCAAUGUAUUUUUUCCUCAGUAAUCUUUCCUUCUUAGAUAUAUGUUUUACAUCCUCUUUUGUCCCCAAAAUGUUGACAAAUUUCUUAAUGGAGAGAAAAACCAUCUCCUUUUCUGAGUGUAUGAUUCAAGUGUAUAUUUCCCUUGCCAUGGGAUCUACAGAAUGCGUGCUCCUAGCCACAAUGGCUUAUGAUCGGUACAUGGCCAUCUGUAAUCCCCUCAGAUACCCUAUAAUUAUGAACAAGAGACACUGUGUACAGCUCGUGGCUGCAUCCUGGGUUGUAGGUUUUCUGAACUCAACUAUGGAAACAGGUCUAGUAAUAAGGUUGCCCUUUUGUGGCAAAAAUAUAAUAAAUCAUUUUUUUUGUGAAAUUUUAGCCAUACUAAAGCUGGCCUGUGUUGACAUCUCCUUGAAUGAAAUUAUUAUGUUGAUAGACAGCAUAACACUUGCUUUCUCCCCAUUAUUGCUAAUUAUUAUUUCCUAUAUUUUUAUUCUUUCUGCCAUCCUGAGAAUUAAUUCUGCAGAAGGCAGGAAAAAAGCCUUUUCUACUUGUUCAGCACAUUUGACUGUGGUGAUUGUGUUUUAUGGGACCAUCCUCUUUAUGUAUAUGAAGCCUAAGUCCAAAAAUUCAAUUACAGACAAAUUUGUCACAUUAUUCUAUUCAGUAGUGACCCCUAUGUUGAAUCCCAUCAUCUACAGCCUUAGGAACAAGGAGGUAAAUGCAGCCAUGAGAAAUGUGCUAAAAAGAUUACCCUUCAUGAGGUGCUAA